GUGCUCUUUAGCGGAGGAGGAGCCGAGACCCUGAGCUGCAGCGGCGGUGGUGGCGUCCGGAGGUCCCACAGCUCUGCUGCUCUGAUCGCGCGACUGUCGGGGAAGGUCUACAUCAGACAGUCACUGGAAUGCUACCUCAGGCCUUAGAAGACAGUGAAACUAAUGUUAAAGGGCCCUUAUCCCUGUACCUGCCUACUGAAGGAAAAUUAGAUCUCUUUUAGUUCUGAACUGGGAGCGAGAGCCUUUGCACCUGCGGCCCAGCUCUGUUGGAAACUCUUGAGUCAGCCAUGGGUCAGGAAUCUAGCAAGCCUGUUCGGCCCAAAUCAGCAGGAGGGUAUCAAUCUGGUGCAGACAGGGGUUAUGGAAGGAGGCAUGCUUAUGUCAGUUUCAGGCAACCCACAAGCCAGCAGGACCGGAUUGCCAGCCCGAGAAGGACAACAUCCGAAGUCCCAAUGCACAGAUCAGCCCCCAAUCAAACCAAGAGGAGCCGCUCACCAUUUGCCAGCACACGCCGUCGUUGGGAUGACACCGAGAGCUCAGGAGCCAACAUGAAUGUUGGGAAUGAGAAUUAUUCCAGGUAUCCUCCAAGAGAGUACAGGGCCUCAGGGAGCCGAAGAGGAUUGGCUUAUGGACACAUUGACACUUUGGGGGCGCGUGAUAGUGAGGAGGAGGGGGCUGGGCCUGUUAACCGACUGCCAGUACGAGGGAAAACUGGCAAGUUUAAGGCUGAUCCAGAGAAGGGGGCAAGGUCUCCUCGCUUCUCUGGUCCUCGCCGCCGCCGCCGUAAUGCGAAAGAGGAGCGUGGCAAGGUAGACCCACCCCCUGCUACACGGUGCUCUGGUACCAGAGCUGAGUUCUUGAAGCAGAAUGGCAUGGCCUCUCAGAUGGCCUCUGCUGAAGGCAGGGCAGCUGCAAAGGGUAGCAACAAUGUGGAGAGAGGGAGGCAGAAUGUACCUGCACGUCCUAGCAGGGCUCCUGUGAGUAUUUGUGGUGGGGGGGGAGCCACCGCAAAGAGCGCAGAGGAACCAGUGGUGAGACCAAAAAUCCGGAAUGUGGCGACUCCCAGCUGCAUGAAACCAAAAGUAUUUUUUGAUACUGAUGAUGAUGACGAUGUACCACACAGUACUCCCAGGUGGAGAGAUGCUGCCAAUGCUGAUGCUGAGGGAGCCCGUGCAGAGGCCCUCCCAAGAAGAGGCCGAAGUGAGGGGGCAGGCAGCUCCUCUGAGCUGAAGUAUCCUGAAGACAAGAAGGAUAACAGGAGUGGGCAGGCGAAAGCAGAGAAAGUGUCCAGACGGCGGCGAACCAUGGCUGACCGUGACUUCUGGGCAUACUCUGAUGAUUACUACAGGUACUAUGAAGACGACUCUGACAGUGAGAAAGAAUGGAUGUCUGCUCUGCACUGGAAGUAUCGAAGCCAGGAACAACCCCAGUCUUCCAGUGGGGAAAGCUGGGAGCCUCUGCCAGGAAGGGAAGAACUCCCUCAGCAAGCUCAAGGGAGUGUGAACACCAGCGGAGCUGGGAGCCUUGCCAGUACCAGUGUUGGCAGCAAUGGCAGUGGCUAUCCCGAAGAAGUACAAGAACCGUCUCUUCAGGAAGAAGAGCAGGCCUCUCUGGAAGAAGGAGAAAUUCCUUGGCUCCGGUACAAUGAGAAUGAAAGCAGCAGUGAGGGGGAGAACGAAUCCAGCCACGAGCUGAUACAGCCUGCGAUGUUCAUGCUGGAUGGCAACAACAACCUGGAAGAUGAUUCCAGUGUGAGCGAAGACCUAGAAGUGGACUGGAGCCUGUUUGAUGGCUUUGCGGAUGGGAUGGGGGUGGCGGAGGCCAUCUCCUACGUGGAUCCGCAGUUCCUCACCUACAUGGCCCUUGAAGAGCGCCUGGCCCAGGCGAUGGAGACUGCCCUUGCUCACCUGGAGUCUCUCGCCGUUGAUGUCGAAGUGGCUAACCCACCCGCAAGCAAGGAGAGCAUUGAUGCACUUCCUGAGAUCCUGGUCACCGAAGAUCAUGGUGCCGUGGGCCAGGAAAUGUGCUGUCCUAUCUGCUGCAGUGAAUAUGUGAAGGGGGAGGUGGCAACCGAGCUGCCGUGCCACCACUAUUUCCACAAGCCGUGCGUGUCCAUCUGGCUUCAGAAGUCCGGCACCUGCCCCGUGUGCCGCUGCAUGUUCCCUCCCCCACUGUAAAGGCCAUGGCCCGCCACUCUUAGCCUGGCUAAUUCCCUAUCUAACACCCACAAUACUACAGGAGCCCGCUUUCAAAAUUAACACUGGCAAUGAAAUCUGUCGGUCAGUUACACUAAACUUGUUGAUUCCUUGUGAUUAUUUCCAAUGUGAAAAUGGUUGCGUGCAAUUACAUUUAAAAAUCAUUCUUUCAUUUAGAAGGUAGAAAAGGGAAACUAAACUUUCUAAAUGCUACUUGAGAUUGCAGCAAGAACAUAAAUUUUCUAACCUGAAAGUUGAAACAAAUCAUAUUUGUUCUGUAGACUCUGUUACUCUUACUUGUUGAUGUCAAGUUUAUCUGUUAAAUACGUUGGAAAGAAAAAGAUCACUUUUGUUGCAUGUUAUGGGUUAAUGUUCCUGUAUUUGCAGUGGUGUAAAAGCUUAUUAAAGUUCUCCUUUUGGUUUGGC